GUUGGAGUGGCCUGAACCCAGCCCUGUGUCCUAAUCAACUGAGUUGGUCCCAACUUCUGCUCAUGCCUGUUGCCCUGGAAAUGGCCCUGCUUCUCCUCUUCUGGGCCCUGGUGGGGAGCCCAGAGGCUCUGGGCAGCCAGACAGCUUUGCCGCCAGUCACGCUCAGCCCUGGAGGGACCUUUGCUUCUUCAGCCUUGAAUAACUAUGAGGCCUUCACCUCAGAAAAGGACUCCAACAUUGGGAGCACUGGAGGGCCGAUCUCAAACCCACCUUCAACUCCUUUUAUGACCAAUGAGUUGUCCUCUCUUGGAACUUCCAUUGAUGAGGAACGUCCCACCCAAACUGUUUCCCUUGAAAAUUCAUCAGUGCUCUUGGAAACCUUGACUGUAGCCAGUGACCCUGCUGUCUCCACAGUAUCCCACACUGUGACUGGUGGAAUCAUGACAACUGACUCUCUGGAAAUCACCAAUGGAACAAAUGGGCCCCCUAUGAACACAGUAACUAGCUUUCUAGAGACCUCCCAUGGGGCUGGUGGACCUCCUGUUACCAUGGCAACUGGCUUUCUGGAGACCUCCCAUGGGGCCAGUGGACCCUCUGCCACCAUAGCAACUAACCCUCUGGACACCUCCCAUGGGGCCAGUGGACCCCCUGUCACCAUGGCAACUAACCCUCUGGAGACCUCCCAUGGGGCCAGUGGACCCCCUGUCACCAUGGCAACUAACCCUCUGGAGACCUCCCAUGGGGCCAGUGGACCCCAUGUCACCAUGGCAACUAGCUCUCUGGAGACCUCCCAUGGGGCCAGUGGACCCCCUGUCACCAUGACAACUAACCCUCUGGAGACCUCCCAUGGGACCAGUGGACCUACCAUCAGCAUGACAACUAGCUCUGUGGAGACUUCCCAUGGGGCUGGUGUAAAAAUAUCCACAGUGAUUACUCCUAUCAUUAGGCCCUCCCCAAAUCCAGAUGAGAGGUCAAACAAAAUGCUGCUGGUGGCUGUGCUUGUGGCCCUGCUGGUGGUUAUUAUCCUCAUAGUUCUGCUCCUACUAUGGCGCCAGCGGCAGAAGCAGCGCACCGGGGCCCUGACACUAAACAGAGAUGGAAAGCGCAAUGGGGUGGUAGAUGCCUGGGCUGGGCCUGCCCAGGUCUCUGAUGAGGGGACCGUGGCAGUGACAAUGGGAGGGCCUGGGGAUGACAAGGGUUCUGGGGUCCCCAAUGGGGAGGGGUCUGGCCAGCGGCCCACGCUUACUACUUUCUUUGGCAGAAGAAAAUCUCGCCAGGACUCUGUGGCACUGGAGGAGCUGAAGUCUGAGCCAGGCCCCAGCCUAAAGGGGGAGAAAGAGCCACUGAUGGGCAGUGAGGAGAGGGCUCUGGAGGCUCCCUUUUCUGAUGGGUCAGAGGCAGGAGAUGGGGCCGCAUUGCAGAGCUCAUGAAGGGCAAGAGUGGAGGGCAGAAUGCUUGCCAGCUUCUGUCACCUUCCUUCUCCUCAUCCCCUCCAGCCCCGGCCCCUAGUGCUUCCCUGCAGCCUGCUCUGCAUCUUCACCUCGCUUCUCCACCCUGGGCCUUCCUGCAGCAUCCUGCCCCAGCACUGCACUUAGCACGGGGC